GGAGGAGCUGCUGGCGGGGGAGGACGAGGAGGAAGAGGAGCCGGGCGCGCUGCUGCUGCUCUCCUCGUCCUCCUCGCCCUCCCAGCCGCUGCCGCUGCUGCCGGCGUUGGGCUCCGUCCUGCUCUCCCCUGCCUUCGAUGCUGAGGAGGCGGCGGCGGUGGCGGCGGGGGGGGGAGCAGCGCUGUGCGGGGCGGAGGAUCCUCAGGGCAUGAUGGCGGCGAUGCUGUCCCACGCCUGCGGCGGGGGGGCGGCGGGGCUGAACGGCGAGCAAGCGGCCCUGCUCCGCAGGAAGAGCGUCAACACCACCGAGUGCGUCCCGGUGCCCAGCUCCGAGCAUGUGGCGGAGAUCGUGGGGCGACAGGGUUGCAAGAUCAAAGCACUAAGGGCCAAGACAAAUACUUACAUCAAGACCCCUGUUCGUGGAGAAGAACCCAUCUUUGUUGUCACUGGCAGAAAAGAGGACGUAGCCAUGGCCAAAAGGGAAAUCCUUUCAGCUGCUGAACACUUCUCCAUGAUCAGAGCCUCCCGCAACAAGAAUGCUCCCAGCUUGGGGGGUUUGCCGUGUACCCCCAACCUCCCGGGGCAGACCACAGUCCAGGUCAGGGUGCCUUACCGGGUCGUUGGCUUAGUGGUAGGACCUAAAGGAGCUACAAUCAAAAGGAUUCAACAGCAGACCCACACCUACAUCGUCACUCCCAGCAGGGACAAGGAACCUGUGUUUGAAGUCACAGGGAUGCCAGAAAACGUCGACCGGGCGCGGGAGGAGAUCGAGAUGCACAUCGCCAUGAGGACCGGCAACUACAUCGAGCUCAACGAGGAGAAUGAUUUCCACUACAACGGGACAGAUGUCAGCUUUGAAGGAGGCCCUCUGGGAUCUGCCUGGUUGGCUUCUAACCCCGUCCCUCCCAGCCGGACCAGGCUGAUCUCCAAUUACAGAAACGACAGCUCCAGCUCCUUGGGAAGUGGCUCCACGGAUUCCUAUUUCGGAAGCAAUAGAUUGGCUGAUUUCAGCCCGACGAGUCCCUUUGGCACAGGGAAUUUUUGGUUUGGAGAAACCUUGCCACCUGUGGGCACAGAAGACCUCGGGCUCGACUCUCCUGGGUACGACUCCUUCCCGACUCCUUCCCAAACCAUUUGGACCCCUUUUGAAGCUGUCACCCCCCUCUCCAGCUUCGGGAGUGACCCUCUAAACAACUCCAAGCCUCACCGCCGAGAGAGCCAACCCUCUACACCUCGCCUCUCCCCAACCUUCCCUGAAAACUUGGAUCACCCUCUGGCAAGGAGAGUGAGGAGCGACCCACCCGGAGCCACCCACCAAGCCGGGCUUCCCAUCUACAUCCCAGCUUUUUCCAACGGUACCAACAGUUAUUCCUCUUCCAACGGGGGCUCCACUUCCAGCUCCCCCCCGGAGUCAAGGAGGAAACACGACUGCGUCAUCUGCUUUGAGAGCGAAGUCAUUGCGGCCCUGGUCCCCUGUGGCCACAAUCUCUUCUGCAUGGAGUGUGCCAAUAAAAUCUGUGAGAAGGAGACACCCUCCUGCCCCGUUUGCCAGACCCCUGUUACUCAGGCAAUCCAAAUCCACUCUUAAACAAACAAAUCAAUAGAUAGAUAUUAUUAUUAUAUACGGACUUUUUAAAAACCAAACUCUUUAAAAAAAAAAAAGGCAUGGGUGGAAUGGUUACCUUCUUAGUAAAACUUCCUGAUGAAUUAUUUUUCUUUCCCUGACUCUUGGGCUUUCUUGGGAUUAGGCUGAAGUUGUUCCUCAAAUUUCCACUCUCUGGAAAGGCUGCUACGGUAACACUAAACCUCGGUGGGCUCAGUGUAAGCAGAUGGCGUGGGGAGCAGAGAUCCAGCUGGUGGUGGUGGGUGUGCUGGCAAGCUGGCAUCAAGGAGACAACAAAGAGAAGGAAAAAAAAAACAAACAAAAAAAACCCAACCAACCUCAAAUUUUCCAGUUUUUUUUUUUUUUCCAAAGGAUCUCUGGGAAGCGUUCGGACUUCUGCGCGCCGGCAGCACCCGACCUCGUUGCCUGACUGCAGGAGUCCUUCCUCUGCCACGGAGGGGUUUGUGGCAUUAUCCACAAUAUCAAACCAACACUUCCAAUGCUGCCUUCUUUACACUGCCAGUUUAAAAAAAACACAAAAAAACAGGAAAAAAAAAAAAAAACACACAAAAGAAACCAAGAACAGGUUUGGGGAGAUUGAUUUUUCGUGUUGUCUGACAACUUUAUGCCUAAUUCUUCAGCAUUGCAAAUACCUUUUUUGGUUUGUGUUUUUUUUUUUAUUAUUACUUUAAAGCAUAGUUUGAUUUCUUGGCAGGUUCAGGUAAUAAAUUCCAGGGAGGGAAGAGAAAAGCUGCCCACCACCACCUCCAUGUCACCCCAAAGUGUUCCAGGGCAGGAUGUUCAGAGGAUCAGGAACGGCAUCUCCGUUUGUAAAUUGCUUUUCUUUAAUGUGAUGGGGAAAAAAAAAAGUCUUGGCUGGCUUCAUCCUGUUUCAGUAAGAGCUCUGGGAUGCAUAUAUUUUGACUUAAAAGAGUGAGGAUGCUGACAUUCCGAUCAAGCUGUUCUUAAAUUACAUUUUUACUGAGUCUCCAGUUGCAAAUGUGAAGCAUUUUUACGUUCAGUCCAUCUUUGUCUUGCACAUAGAGAUUUUAUUUUUAGUAAGGAAAAGGAAAAAGAAAAAAAGGGGGAAAAAUGGGGGGGGGAGGGAGAAGGUGUGUGUGUGCCCUUGGAUUGUUCCUGACAGCAGCUGUGGCCCUGCAAGCAGUUUACGUCAUUUCAAGAGUGUCUUUCCAGGCAGAAGGAAAAAAAAAAGAAUAAUAAUUUUUGAAUGUGCUUCUUACAUUUCAACCUGUGGAUGCUUCAAGCUCUUGGGGAGUUUUUUUUCUGCCAUCUUCAGUUCCCAAAUCUGCUGGUAUAUAGAGAAGACACAAACAAAAGUGGAGUUCUGGUGGAUUUGUUUCUUCUAUCAUUUUUUUUUUUCCUUGAAGCAUUUUUUUUUUUCCUCAGUCUAACAAAAAAAUGUAAAAAAAAAAAUUAUAUGUGUACGGAACUGCUAAAUAGAAAAAACUUUAUUUUUUACUUCCACUUGAAGAAAAAAAAAAAAUCAACAAAAAAGUUACAUUUCCUCUCAAAGUUUACAAACAAAGGUUUUUAUUUUCUGCUCUCAGAGUUGCCCUGAGGGCACCUGAGGCACCGCCGGGCUUUCAGGCGAGGUUUUGCUUGUAGAAUUAGUUCCAUGUCAGUAUUUGAAAUAAAAAAAACCUUCUCCUCUGGCUGCAGCCCUGCAGGGAAGGAACAAAACCAACCCCAGGUUCCCCUCACGCAUGUUUUUUUUUCUAUUUUCUUGCCUCCUACAACUCCAAAGCCAAGGAAACUCUGCAGCCGGGGGGGUUGUCUGUACCCUUUCUAGCAACCACCAACUAAAGGAGGAGGAAACUCUCCAGCUAGUUUAGUAUUUGCUAAUUUUACUACUUUUUUUUUUUUGUUAUGUAUAUGUAGGGAGGUCGUAGGGAUUAUAAAUUUGAGUAAAAGUUUAAAGAAAAAAAACAAAAAAACAAAAAACAAACCAUAUAUUUUAUGAUAAAAGGGCCUUUAACUUAUGAUGGCCAAAGCACUGAUAUUAUAUAUUUGCUGUAAAGAGAAUUAUAAGAGUUUUAUUUUUCUGAUAUUAAAAGUUACUUAAUAAAGACUUGUUUCCAUUAA